GGAUGGCGAUUUUGUUAAGUGUCGAUGGGCGACCAGAUCGUCAGGAAUAAAUGAAUGCGGAGAUGUUUGCUAUGGUCUAAGUAAUGCUACACUGAUUGAGGAAACAUGCACUCUAUCUUAUAAUGCGACGGGAGCACCAGGAUGGUAUGUUGUUGCGCUUCAAAUUGAAGACUUUGCUUCUCGUAUAGAAACAAAUUCAUUUAGUAGUGUGCCUUUACAGUUCCUGAUCUAUAUUUAUUCCGGCUUAAGUGAUUCGUGUGACAGUAAACCAGCUAUAGAAACUACUGUUGCCGAUGGAUCAGUAAUCCACAUUUCUAUAAAUACCAUCUACCGCCAAACUAUUGUAGCAAGCUCUUUGAGUUCAAUAGCAGAAAUAAAUACAGUGUCACCAUUGGGAAUGAAAAAGUCUGAUUUACUGACGUAUGGUACAUCUAAUAAUAAAUGGUACAUAAACGUAACAUGGACUCCAACAGAGACACAAGUCGGCAGUCAUAUAUUCUGCUAUACAGCAUUUGAUAAUAACAGAGAAGCAUCCGACCAAGAAUGCAUAAGACUUGUAGUAGCAAAUGAUAUUGACGAAUGCUCAUCUAACCCAUGUCAGAAUGGCGCUACUUGUAAUGACCAAGUCAACGGAUACGAAUGUGUAUGUGCGGCUGGAUUCACUGACACAAACUGCGAGACAGAUAUUGACGAGUGCGCAUCUAAUCCAUGUAAGAAUGGGGCUACUUGUAAUGACCAAGUCAACGGAUUUAACUGUACAUGUGCUGAUGGAUUCACUGACAUACACUGCAAGACAGAUAUUGACGAAUGCUCAUCCAACCCAUGUGAGAAUGGCGCUACUUGUAAUGACCAAGUCAACGGAUACAACUGUACAUGUGCUGCUGGGUUUACCGACACACACUGUCAGACAGACAUAGACGACUGUUCCAACAAUCCAUGUCAGUAUGGAACAUGCAUUGAUCGAGUUGAUGAUUUUCAUUGUGAUUGUACAAUCGUCCUCACAGGCAAAACAUGUAACAAACUUUCAUCAUGGUCCAUAGCUUUUAUAGCCUUUGCAUCUGUUGCAGUUCUUGCGACUUGUUGUUGUUGUUGUGUUAGGAGUUUUUUUGAAAUGUGUAAACGAGACAAUGAAAAGAAAAAAGUUAAACCACGAAAAAUAAAUGUUAAACCAAAACUACUGGAUUUGGCAUGGAUAUGACAGAUGGGGAUCAGUGUUCGUUAUUACAAAUACUA